AUGCAGGGUAUCCACAAAAAAACGCCGAGAAACACCAACUCCCCCCCAAAUUUCCUCGGUGCCCUGCAGUCGGCACUGGACGGCUACGACAUGUGCAUCUUCACCUACAGGCAGACGGGCAAGACCUACACCGUGGAGGUCCCUGAGGGCACCGAUGCCAAUGCACGCGGCCUCGUCUCCCACGCCGUCGCCCACCUCUUCCAGGGCGCCCGCGAGCUGGCCCAGAAAGAAUAUGAUUUCAGCACCAGCUUUUUGGAGAUUUACAAGAAGUUGCUGCACGACCUCCUGACGGGCUGCAGCAGGGCCGAGCUGGAGAUCCACCGUGUCAGCUCGGUGGCCAACCGGGCAGUGGCCCGCACGGCACUCAACGACCGCUUGUCACGCAGCCACGGCAUCUUCCAGCUGUGCAUCCACGGCGCCAACGCCGCCCGCGACCUGUGCUGUGCCUCCGUGCUGAGCCUGGUGGACCUGGUGGGCAGCGAGCACCUCGACAAAUCACUCUCGCGGGGCAAGCGCCUGCAUGAGACUCAGGCCAUCAACGCCAGCCUCUCCACCCUGGGGCUCAUCAUCACAGCCCUCUCCAACAAGGAGCCCCAUGUCCCCUAUCGCAACAGCAAGCUGACGUACCUGCUGCAGAACUCCCUGGAGGGGUCGGCCAAAAUGUUGAUGUUCGUGAACAUCUCCCCGUUGGAGGAGAAUUUCACAGAGUCCCUCAACUCCCUGCAUUUCACCUACACGUUUCCAGUCCUUAAUUUCAUAGGGUCCUGUUUUGGGAUAGCAGGGGCAAUUACAACCGAUCCAUAA